AUGAGCAAUUCAAAUGAUUGGAGUUUUUCCUUAUGUGACGACUCUCUUGAACUUUUUGAUACCAUUGCAGAGGGAGACGAUGAUAAUGAUACCACUGUUCAUACAAAGAGUGAUAAUUCAUGCAGUGGAAAUAAAUGUACACCACUAAAUCAAUACAACCCUUUUAUACUUACAAAAAUGAAUUACUUCAAAAGAAAACAUCCCAAAGCAAAACUGAAGGUGUUUGAUAAGAAGAUUAAAGUGAAAACACUCGACAUUAUAAAGAAUCUUGAAACUGCCUCCCUUUCUGAACUAAACUGGGAUUUUACAUGCAACUGGUUUCACAGAAAGGGAUUCCCAAGUGAGGUAUUAAAAGAAGGAUUUUGCAAUCGAGUUAUCAAUUCUGAAAAUUACAAAUUCAUAAAAUCAAAGUUAAGCCACGAGGGUUGGUUCAUUGCAACAACAACAAAAAAAAAAAAAGCAAACACAUGCAAACUCCAACUCAAAACUGAAAAGUCAACUAAAAAUUAA